AUGAACGACAACAGCUACUACGGUAAAGACUUUGACUAUACCUACGGCAGACCACAACGUGUUUUCGACAUUGAAGCCAGGCCAGAGUUUGAAAAUAACGGAACUGACGAGUACCCAGAAUGUACUGGACCAGCGAACACGCCGAAAACCCCGGAGCCUGAAAUAUCAGAGCAGACAGUUUUGGAUUUUGAGAAGCUCCAGUACUAUGUGAGACUGGCCUAUUCAGACGGUGAAGAGGCCAAUGAUCGGCAAAUAGAUGAGCCAAUGGGGGACAUUCAAGAGCCCCAGGAUGUGGUGGAAUUGAAUGUGUUUUCGAAUUCGGGUUAUCAGAGUGUUGAGAUUCAGUACGACCAGGAGGACCAGUACAAUUCUGAAACCCAGCCAGAGCCCCAGUUCAACGCCGAGGACUCUAAUUUCCAAUUCAACAACUCAAACGUGACAAUCACCCCCGAAAAGCUCUCGUCGUCUCCAGAGAAUCUGCAGUUUACUGAAACGUCGAGGCAAUAUUCUACAGCCACUUCGGUUCCAACGGAGCCAGACACUCUUCCAUACGUGGGAUGGCCGGAUUUAGCCUUCGAAGAUGCGUCCAACCAACAUACCCUUACAGACUCCUUCUUGCCAGAAACCUCAGUUCUGAACUUGGAGAAUUCGACAGACCACUUGAAGUACGAUGACCAGAUGUCCACGCCGUUCAUGGACUUGAACGAGUUCAUCGAUUAUUUCCCAAUUGAUCCUGAGCAGCAAUUGGCCGACAUUGCUGGAGAUGCUUCUCUGGGAAGUAAGCCUGUUGAAGUUUCGCAGCCAAAGAAGGCUCCAGCUGAGCCAGCUCCAGUUCAACAUGCACCAGCUGUUCCGCAAAAGAGACCAAAGAAGAGUCAAAGCUCUUCUUCAAAGCACCAGAGUCAGCCUGUGAAGAAGCCAAAGACUGCUCCUCAGUACACCAAUACGGCUCCACCACAGAACCACUACUCAAAUGUGACUCCACAAACCCAGUACCCAAACCUGCCACAACAGAGCCAGUACUGCAAUGUGCCUGCUUCACAGAAUAGCUAUUUGAAUGUGACUCCUCAAAGUGUGGAAGUCAAGAGUCUCUUUGGGAAUGGUUCGGUGGGUUCCAGUUCUUCGAGACCUCAUACAGAAUCCAAGGUCGUUAAGAAGGACCACAUGCAAAAGGAAACUCCAAAAUCGAAGCACAAGAGGGAGUACGCGGAAGGAAGCUCUAGGCAAUUGGAGAAGCACGCGGAAAGACCGGUUGCUGCAAAGAGACCUCCAUCUAGCUCAGUGGCUUCAUCCUCCAAGCAUGCAAAGACUUCCAGAACCCACGAGUCUUCGAGAGCGUCUGAGUCUUCUCGGAAGCAUGAGUCUUCACGGAAGCACAAGGUUUCUGCAAAUUUUGGUGAAUCUUCUAGAGAGCAUGGAGAUUUCAGAGUGCAUCAGGAAUAUUCAAGAGGCCAUCAAGACUACUCCAGAGUGCCUCAGGACUAUUCCAGAGGAAACGAAGGCACUUCCAGAAAGCACCAUGAUUCCUCCAGAAAGCACCAGGAUCACGCUUCAGGACACCCUACUGGGCAAGUGCAGCAGCAGGGUCAUUCUGGAAAGCAGGGUCAUUCUGGAAAGCAGGGCCACCAUUCUGGAAACUACAACGAGCCUUCGCCCUCCUACCACAAACCACAAAAGCGGUCAUACCCCGAGGAACAACCCGGCUCUUCAAAGCACCGCAAAGUCUCUCCAGAUACUCAACCCACCAACCAAGCUCCACCCAACCAGGCUCCAACCAACCAGGCUCCACCUGCCUUCCAGAGCAGCUUCCUUACUGUUCUGAGCCCCAGAAACCAGGAUGGCCCGGCUCCGUGGAACAACGCCUUCUACCUGACGUUUCUGGACCCUUCCUACCAGGAAGCACAUCAGCAGCCUUUUGACGAAAACGACCAGGGCAACUCCAAUUACACCUACCAGCCCGGUCAGCUUAAUCCUCACCUCAGCAUUGAGGAGCAGUUGGAACACCAAAAGCAGUGCAUCAAGAACUUGUUUGCCCUUCCUACCUAUACUCACCACGACGAAAGCAAGUUCAACCAGGAGUAUGUCGAGCAGCAAUUGGGAUACCCCUUGUGCAUGAAUCCACCCGAGUACCAGGGCGGAUUUCAGAAAAGGUACGAGUAUCCAGAUGGGUAUGUGGGACACAGCCAGGGACCCUGUUUUCAGGCUGCUCAGAGAUACAGCAAGUUUGUUGACCAGGUGUAUUUCGGAUGGAGGGCCCACAAGGAGCGGGAGCGUCAAUGGCGUGAGAGCAUGUCGGAGGAGUGA